UAUCUUCCUCCCUCAGAUCCCUUAAAUCAUACCUCACUGUGAUCUCAAUCAGAGCUCCUGGUUACUGAAGGACAGCAUGUCUGGUGGCAAAUACAUAGAUGAAGAGGGUGUCCUGUACACUACACCCAUCAUCAGAGACCAGGGCAACAUCUACAAACCCAACAACAAAGUGAUGGCAGACGACAGUGAGAAGGCUGCCCGCGAUGUGCACACCAAGGAGAUCGACCUGGUUAACAGAGACCCCAAGCACCUGAAUGACGAUGUGGUCAAGAUUGAUUUUGAAGAUGUAAUCGCUGAACCUGAGGGGACGCAUAGCUUUGAUGGGAUUUGGAAGGCGAGCUUCACUACAUUCACUGUGACUAAGUACUGGUUCUACCGCUUGCUGUCUGCAAUAUUCGGCAUACCGUUGUCACUUAUCUGGGGCAUUUACUUUGCCAUCCUGUCCUUCCUACACAUCUGGGCUGUAGUUCCAUGCAUAAAAAGCUACUUGAUUGAAAUUCAAUGCAUCAGCCGAGUCUACUCCAUCUGCAUCCACACAUUCUGUGACCCCCUCUUUGAAGCCUUUGGCAAAGUGUUCAGCUUUGUUCGAAUUACCUUGCGCAAAGAAGUAUAAGUGACACUCAAAAGGAGCAGAUAGUAACAAUUAAUGUAACAGUUGUAAACUGCAGCAACAUUUUAUGAGCACUGAAAUAAGAUCAAAGUCACUAGAGUAUGUAUCCUGGGGGCAAAAUAUUUAUCCCUUUAGAAUAUUUUUGUGUUUGUUUUGAUAGAAAGAAAAAGUUACUGUUCACUGUGGAAUACUGUAUUUUUAUUUUAUUAUACACAGAUUGUUAAUAUGUUGCAAAUAUAAUAAUGCCAAAAUAAUGGAGGAUUAUUAUUUCAGUAAUAUACUGAUGACGGAUUUAUUGCUGGGUGAAAGGUUUAAGCUAUUCCAGUCUGGAUGGGCAACAUACCGUGGCAGGUUAUGUGCUAACUGCUGUAGUUUAUGCAGACUGCAAAAAAAAAACAGGAACUGUAUAAAAUGUAAAUACAUGUAUUGUGUUAUCCAAAGCUGUUUAAUAGGAAGAGAUCCUAAUGUUGCAGUAACACAUAAUAAUCCUAUUAACAAAUGAUUUCACAAUAAACAUUGAUAUUAGCUAACUCUGAUCAUUCUAAAGAGACAAGUCAUUGUUCAAUAAACUUUCAGCACUCACAAUACAAGAACAAUACUCAUAGGACUGAACCUACAGCAUAUUAUCAAAGAAAAAAAAUACAAAAAUGUUUACUUUCUGCAAAAAAAAACCACAACGAUAUUGCCUGCUGAUUUUAUAUACAAUGUUUAUGCUUUCCGAAUCUGAAAGCAUUUCUAAUCAUAAUAUGGCUCCGUAUCAGCUUCUGAUGGCUUUCUGUAUAACGUGAAAAGGGUCAAGUUAUUUACAAUAUCAAUAAUCCCUGUUGUAAAUCAUCUGUAGAUUUUAUAUGCUGUGUGAAUAGCUUGCUCCUGGGUUAUUUCUGCAUUUGCAUUAAAUAGUACUUGUUAAUAGUUUAAGGUUCUAAAUGUUUUAAAAGAUUAUAUUCUGAUGACACAAAAUUGUACAAUCCUCCUGCUUUUUGUGGUGUUGUGUAUGGUGUAUGACCUAUUGACCAUUCCCUAUUGCACUGUGUGUGUAACUUCACUGGAUACAUUUGACAACAGACAGGUUACUAAUAUAACCCCCCCCCCUCCCUCAUCUAUCUCUCUCAUGAUAAACUGAGCUGACUCUUUCGGGUCCCAGUCAAGCUGUCCGUAUUGGUCACAGCUAAAAAAAACCCAAAAAGAACAGCUUAAGCACCACUACUGCAGUAUGCUUCAUUCAGAUGCAUUGUACUGGAGUAUUCAUUGUGCUGCAUGCAAUCUCCUUUCCGUACAUAUAACUGUCUGUAUUGUGUUCUUUUAGCAUAAUAAUUUACUUAGCAGGUAGUGGUACUUCUAAAAUGGAAUGGAUAUAAUGGAACUAAAUCUAAAAAUAGUGUGAUGCGCAAAGCCUACAUCCUUUACUCUUAUUAUUUUUAUUUUGUGUAACAUUUAGAGAUUUCAGUUUUUAAGCUGAAGUCUCAUGAUGAGGGUGCAAAUGUUUGUGCUAAAUAAAAAUGAAUCCUGGAGUGGGAUGUACAAAUUUGUUACUCCUCAUGACCAGAUGACAUUUAUUAAUUCUAUUACAGAACACUUGUGUCUUGUGACACAAAUAAGUGGGACCCCUGUACUAAUGGACAGAACUGAGUGAGUGAACAGGGUACUUACAGCAUUGAGAAAGUAUACUGUACCUACUAAGAUACAAAAUGACUCAACUUUGCUGUCUGUAAGAGUUUCACCACCAGGAUCUAGGACAGGGGCCUAUUACAUAUUGUUCCAUCUUGGUUUACAAUGCCCCAACACGAAAUGUAUAUACUGUAGAUUAGUAAUAAAGAAAAUACAAGAGUCUUUCUAAUACUAUGUGCUUUAUGUUGCUUCUGGAUUGACCUAAUUUCAAAACUCUGCUGGUGAAGGUGGACUUGUUACCAUGACUUAAAAUUUAUAAUUAAUUAGUAUGCCAAUAACUAACAAUGAACUAUGUGGAAGAGGAAUACUUGGUUUUAUAGCCAUUUAUCUCCUACAUUUUUUUACUGUAGUUUCAGCUAGAAGCCAGGACAUUGCAUUCAGGCAUUCCAGCUGCAUCAGUAAAUAAUGGCUGGUGGAACAUUAUCUAUAGAGUAAAUAACAUGAAGUAGAUAAGUCCAUAACCCACAAUGCAGUGUUAGUUUUAAUAGAAACCAGAAUAUUGUCAAUAAUGGCUUCCAAUUUUCCAUUGCUUUCAAAGCACACAGUUAUGUCUGACACAUGCAAGUGGUUUAAUUACAGUCAUACAUUUCCUAAUCUCUAGCCUAGUUAAAGAUGUUUUCUGCCUUAAUAGACUUUUAUAUAUCCUCCUGCAACAUUUAGUAAAUGCAUUGUUUUGUCUUCCUGGACUCCCACAACACCCCCCAUAUUUAUUUAUUGACCCAGCUACAAGACCGCAGUCCUAGGCUGUAUGUUUCAAGAGGGCAGUUCUUUGUCAUAUCCAUGUACAACAAACAUUGAGAACAGUGGAUAUUAAUUUAAAGCAUAGGCCUACUGUCUUGGAAUGUCCGGGAGACUCCCGACUUACUGGGAGCAGGCUCCCGGAUCACCAGUGAAUGGGUGCUUGAUGAUGCAAUUCAUGGAGAAUCGCAUCAAGUUAUGACAUUGUACAGAUUGGGGAUUUGUUACUCCCCCCCCCCCCCUCCCUGAAGCUCCAACUUGGAUUUCCACUUUGAGUGUUAUAAAGUGGGCGAGUAUGGUUUAUAGACAAUGCAGCAGGAAGCUAGGAAGAUAGAGCAUGUACAGUAUUUAGUGUAUGUACCCAUACACAUAUUGUAAAACUAAGAUGAACAGACAAAUGUUAUACAAAGUAGAUGUUACUUAUAUCCCUAGUAUGUGGCAUUUUUGUUUCCGUGCCCUAAAUAAUAAGUAGAACUCUGGAUACAGUGAUCAUUUCAGCUGCUCUGUGACUACAUAGAUCAAGUGGGUUUUUCCAACCCUGGAUUAGUGUAAAGUGGAGACAUGAGGUCAUCAUCUCUGUGCUGUGAGAAGCACGUUACUGCCAUACCAGGCAAGAUACACAUUAUAUUACCAAGAAUGUGAGUAUGGGCAUAGCUCUCCGUUACUAUUAUAUAUACACAUGAUGACGUUUUCUCUUACAUAUACAUUUGUUUAACAGAUAAACGCCACAAAUACCUUUCAGAUUAAUGUUUUAUUGUACUUUUAAUGUCUUUUAAGCUUUUUACUUUCAGUAUAAAGAAAUUGCUGAUUCAAUCAAUGUAAAACAUACUGAUAUUGUAUAUCACAUACCGCAUGUAACGUACAAGCUACAGAUGUGCACAAUAAAAGAUUUAACAUGU